AUGCAGACUAGCUGUUUUGUAGAUGAAAAAUUUGUCCCAAAGGUGGGGAUGAUUUUCAAGACACUAGAAGAAACUGGAAAGUUCUACAAACAUUAUUCGAAACUUGCCGGAUUUUCUACGAAAAUAAGGAACACCACUCGGGACGGAGACAAGAUUAAGAAUCAACUAAUCAUAUUCACUAGAGAGGGGAGGUGGAAAUCCAAGAUAUCUCCAACUUUGAAGACAAACCCUUCGGCUGGGUUGAAUUGUCCGACCAAGAUUUACGUACACAUAUUGAAGGAUGUUGGUCUUUGGACAAUUUCUAAAGUUGUUCUGAAUCACUCACAUCCUUGCUGUUCAGACCGGGCAGAGAUGCUUAAACAACACAGGGAGUUUAACAUGUUCGUGCGUCGCACCAUUGAAACUAACGAGGAAGCCGGAAUUAGACCGAGCAAAACUUACCAAUCAUUUGUUGCAGCAGCUGGCAGCCACCGUGAACUAAGUUUUAUAGAAAAAGACGUGAGGAAUUACAUCACAAGGGAAGUACGGAAUAUUUCCGAACAAGACGAUGCCAAAGGAUUUGGGAAGUACCUACUAAGAAUGAAAGAGAAGAACCAAAAUUUCUUUUUUGAGCUCAACCUUGAAGGCGAUCAUUGCAUUAAACAUGCAUUCUGGGCCGACGCAAGAAGCAGGGCCGCAUGUGAGUAUUUCGGAGAUAUGGUUUCAUUCGACACUACCUACAACACAAAUAGGUACAAUAUGGUUUUAGGUUCUUUUGUGGGCGUGAAUCACCACGGUCAGUCGACACUUCUCGGAUGUGCGCUAAUGACAAAUGAGGACAUUUCAAAUGGCUAUUCGAGUGUUGGCUCCGUUUCAUGGGAGGGAAGCUCCUUGAGACAAUUCGUGAAGCAAUACGACAAUUGUCUAGCAAGCAGAGAGCAAACAGAGAGAGAAUUCGAUGUUGCAGAUUUUUACACUGUGAUACCAUGUGCAACAAAAUCAGCAAUAGAGGCCCAGUUUCAACAUGUGUAUAUCCAUGAGAAGUGUAGGAAAGUUCAAGCUCAAUUCAGAGGUAAAGUGAACUGUAUCACAAGAUCAAUGCAUUCCACCCUAAGUUUCACAACAUACGAAGUCAUAGAGCAGGUUUCCAACUUCACAUUCAACAAGUUUUUCGUCACCUAUGACGCAGUAUCACAGGAGGUAAAGUGCCAGUGUUUGCUAUUCGAGUCAAAGGGCAUAUUGUGCCGUCAUUCCCUGAGCGUACUAAGCUUUGAGCGAGUGGAUAAAGUGGCACCGAAAUACAUACUGGAACGCUGGAGCAAGAACAUAAAGAGGAGAUGUGAAUUUACAAUAAGGGCUAGAGAGGAUAGCAGAUGGCUUGGGGAGUCUUAUUGGUUCAGAUUUCCAAAUCACUUGGUCUCUGAUUUUGUUCAUUUCGUGCAACAGAAGAUUCGGACCAUAUUGGCACCUGAAGUCAUCGAUCUCUUCCUACAUUUCAAUUGA